GUUCCCUGCUACAGUCGGAAAUCGGCCAGCGUGACGACAACACCGAGUCUACGAAUCGCGCAUUCUUUAAGAUACAAUCCAACAGUUAAUUCGUGUAUGUCUUUCGUGAAAAUAGUCAAUUAACCAUAAUAAUAAUAUCACAAAUUACACCAUAUAUAUAUGUGUAAUAAUUAAACCUACAUAUUAAUGUGUACACCGAUUUAAAUUAAUCAUUGAGUUUAAAUAAAAAAAAGAAAGGACAAUUUUAAAAAAAUAACGUGCCGCGAGUGUUUGUGUUUUUUAAAAACUGUUUAUUCAGUAGUAUCGGUAAUUAGUGUUACCGUUAAGACAAUUUAAUAUUUAUUUUUACUUAAGUAAAUAAUAAAACUACAAAAGUAGUUUUAAUUUAAGUUGAUUUGUUUAUUUAAAAAUAGUAUUAUUAUAAUUAAUUAAUUAUUAAAUAAAAGUGAUGGCGAGUUUAUCAAGUGGGCGACCUGCGGUCGUUGCAAUUCUUAUGCUGCAUCUAGCGUGGGCUAAUGCAGCAUCACUAGAAAUUUUACCUUAUGGUGAAGUCCAAUCUAAACCCAGUGGAUCAAACCUUUUCCUUACGUGCAAAUUAACUGGCGUUAAUGAUCCCAGCUUAGGAAAUAUUCAGUGGUUGGAUCCAUAUAACCGUGUUAUUGAAUUACGAAAUCUCGUCGUGUUGGCGAUCGACAGCUCGUUCACAUCCAAUGAUAAAACUGGGAAUCCAAUAGUCUACACAGAAAAAAAACCAGAAGACAACAGUCUUUCACUGUAUUUUAAUCCACUGAGAGAAGAUCAAACUGGUCAGUACACUUGUCUCGGAAACUAUGCGCUCACUGAGACGUUCAACAAGACUGUAAAGGUUCAAACAAUUGACGCCAUUACAUGGGUUGACGCUCCAGAAACUCAGCAUGCAAUUGUCGGUAAAGAGUACAAAAUAAAAUGUCAAGUUAGUGCUCGACCGGCUCCAACAGUCGAUUGGUAUUUAGGCUCAAAAUCUAUUUUAACUGAUGAUCAUUACAUCGUAGAAACUCACGCAUUAAAAAUCAAAAGUGUAAGCGACGAUGAUGCCGGCACAUAUAUUUGUCGCGCGGCCGUAUUAGAAACCGGUGAACUUGAAGAACGCUACAUUAAACUAAUCGUUUAUGAAGAACCAAAACUUCAAGAAGUAAGUUCUGAAAUCGAAAUAAUUGAAGGAAAAACCGCAAGUAUAACUGUUUGUAAUGCUACUGGAAAACCACCACCAGCUUACUCAUGGAUAAAAACAAUCAAUCAAGAAAAUCUUACAACGGUAAACCGUUUUGGUGUAGAUCGUGAUACUGGAGUUCUUACCAUCACUGAUGUACGCCGUGAAGACAGCGGCGAGUAUCAGUGCAUAGCUGAAAAUCCAGCAGCCUCAGCAAAUAUAAACAUACGAGUAAAUGUUAUCGAAAAACCUAAAAUAAUGGAAUUUAUUAACAGAACUCAAGCUGUACAAAAAGACGUUGAAAUAACAUGCAAAGCUUAUGGUCGUCCACCACCAGUAGUUGUCUUCAAAAAACAAACAAACGACAAACCAUUUAGUAAAGGAAUUCAAUCAAACGAUGAUCGUAUUGAACUUACAAGUAUUGAAAAUGUUGCUAACGGUGAAACUGUUGCUGUUCUAUCAAUCCGACGUGUAUUACGUGAAGACGAUGGCAUUUACGAAUGUAUAGCUACCAAUAAAGUAGGCUCUAGUUACAAAAAUGGACACUUGACUGUUGAAUUCCCGCCGUCCUUUGCCUCAAUGACGAAUCAUUCAGUUUGGUCGUGGGAACGUAGGCCAGUUAAUCUAACCUGUAUCGCCGAAAGUAUUCCCAAUGCAACAAUCCAAUGGUACCACGGCGAACGUCCCAUUUUACAAACAGAAUUGGCUACUUCGGAAAUUUAUAGGCAGUAUGGUAAUGGACCUAUCAGCACUCUUCGAGUUACCCCAGUUGACACCAGAUACUACGGACAUUACCGUUGUCAAGCUAAAAAUGUUCAUGGUGAAGCAAUUCAUACAAUCCAAUUGAAAGAAGGCAAGAGACCAGAUACUAUUCCACAAGCACGUAUGUCCGAAAUCACAGCAACGACAAUAGCAUUCAAUAUUGAACCGCCAUCAAUGGAACCAGAGUUGCCAGUUAAAACCAUCACUGUACAAUAUCGGGAAGUCAACCAACCAUGGAAAGAUGCAUUGAACAAAACAUGGGCAUUAAACUCGCCAUAUAUUUUGGAACAUUUAAAACCAGCAACUACAUACUUAUUCCGUUUCCUCGCGACAAAUGACGUAGGUCCAGGUAACUGGGGCGCACAGUUUGAAGAAAAUACGCCUAUGAGAACAGUACCAAAUUCCCCGAAAUUCCAGCCAAGAACUGACAAUCCUAAUUACGACACUUCAUUGUACAGCAAUCAGUACGAAAUUAAUUGGAUAACGCCGCCAGAUAAUGGUGAACCAAUAGACAAAUAUGAAAUCCAUUACUGUGAAAUAAAACGCGUUAAUGGUGAAUGGGAACAACAAGACAACACGUGUGUACGCGAUGAAAUAAAAGGACAGAGAUCUAAACAUUAUAUCAAAAAUCUUAAUGCCGAUACGUAUUACCGCGUCGAGCUUAGAGCCCACAAUGUCAUCGGCUUUGGAAAGACCGAGGUCAUACAAUUCAAAACAGCUAAAGCCCAAAGUACACCAGUACUUCAUCAAGGACCUUUAAUAUCAAGUGCUGCUAUCAUUGGUAUUAUCAUUGCGAUUUUAAUCCUCAUGUUGGUUCUCAUUGAUUUAAUUUGUUGCUGCACACAUCGAGCAGGUAUUAUUUUCUAUGUAUGUGAAAGAUCACGAAGAAAACCCAUUGAUGAAGAGGAUGCGAAAUUAGGAAGUCUUUACGGUUGGCGGUUUCCAUUGCCAUAUUGUGAUCAAAAAAUGGCAAAUGUCGCGGGAGUUACGGCCAUCCAAGACUCGGGUAGUGGAAAGAGUACCAUUAAGUUGGUAAAACAUUCCUCCAUAGAAGAAAAAGAACCACUUAAAGAAGAGAAGAAAAUAACACCAAUAAUCGACUCUGGUUUAAGACGAGAAACAUCCAUCACCUUCGAUGGCAAACGAUCAAUCUCAAAGACUGGCUUUGUGGGAAAAGAUUCGGCCGUCUAGAUAUUCUUCCGGCGUACUAGAUUAUAAAUUUUUAUUAUUUUAUCCCGCCACAAGUAGUGACGCGUUAAAGUAUGUAAUAACUAUUAAAACAACCAAAAUAAUUAAUUAAUUAAUUGAUUAAUUGAUUGAUGAGAAAUUUUGAAUUAACAAAAUAAAAUUUCUCUCAGCUCGAAAAAAUUCCUACACCUGCCAUAAAUAUUUUAAUUAAAUAAUAUAUUAAAUAAAUAAAUAAUUUUAAAUUAUUUGGUACAAAUUUGACAGCUGCAUUUGCUGUAAAAAAAGGUAAUAAUAAUAAUAGAAAGUAUUAGAGAAUUUUAUUCCCCUUUGCAGUUUAUCCUCUUAUCCACAAUGUAAUCAGAUCAUUCAAUUAAAUCCGCCCCACGUACUUAAACUUAAAAAACUAUUUAGUUAUAAAACUAUUUACUGAUGUGAGUAAUUGAUACUUAUGCAUAAUGUUUUAUAAUAAAAUACAUAAAUAUAAUGUGUAGAUUUACGAGCUAAUAGUAGUUAUUAUAAUGCUUUCAAUAAGCUUUUUUUUAUUUUAAUCUCGUUAAUGUAACUGACGCCGAUCUAGUACGCUGGAUAUUAUUUAUUAAAGACGAUCUAUAAAUUUUAAAAUUGAAUUUGAGUAGGAUUAUGCAUGUAAAUGGGGCGAAGUUCAACGUAAAUAAAUAAAAAAAAAUAACAAACUUGAAAAAAAAAUCAUGUGAUGACUAAUGAGAUUAUAUGUGGGUCGUAACCAAGUUUCGAAUUCAAUUUCAAACUUACAUUCACGUAUAAACGUGAAUUUGUGUAUAUAUAUUUAUAUAUACCUUAUAAGAGAAAAAAAUCCAUUCUAUGGAUCUCGAGUAUUCUAACUAAAUAUAAAUUCUGUCCAUUUUUUUUAAUUACGAAAAAUAAUUUAAAUGGGAAAAAAAUUGAAUAAUUAUGCCGUUGAGAAAUUUAAAAACGUUUUCUGUUUUUAAGACUGAUUCAUUUAAGACUAACAAGUUUAUUUCCAUAAAAGAAUUAUUUUUUUUGUUCUCCGUGUAAAAAAAGUUUGAAAAAGUGUUUGACUAUUCUAAGCUCAAAAUGUGACGACUAACUUUUUUUAAACUUUUGAAGUUCGAGAGAAAAGUUAAUAAAUAUCUUGAUAUUAUUAAGAUAUGUUGAAACAAAAAACGUUCAGAAAUGGUUCAAUAUUAGUUUUUUUCUGAACGUAUUUUCCACCGAAAAAAAUGAUGAAAUCUAUCGCUUUUAAUGAAGCGUCAAGGAAAUGUUGCAAAUGAGUCAAAAACUUAAUAUUCAAAAAAAUCAGAGGAAUAGGAUCAGGAUAAGUUAAUUAAAACUCAUAUUUAUUCGCGACGUUUCGGCUUUUAUUAAGCCUUCCUCAGGCACUCUGAAAAAAUGUACCACAACAAUCAUUUACAAAAUACAAUCAAUAUUAAAACAAUAGUCGUACAAAACAUACCAUAAAUAACGUGUUUGCUAAUGCACUAUGACAAGGAUUUAUAAGAUUGACUAUUGUUUUAAUAUUGAUUGUAUUUUGUAAAUGAUUGUUGUGGUACAUUUUUUCAGAGUAACUGAGGAAGGCUUAAUAAAAGCCGAAACGUCGCGAAUAAAUAUGAGUUUUAAUUAACUUAUCCUGAUCCUAUUCCUCUGAUUUUUUUGAAUAUUAAAUUUUCACCAAGGAUCGGAAACAUCAUCAUAAUGAGUCAAAAACGUUAAUUUGUAAUGUGUGAAUGUAGCAGACAUCAAACAAAUUUAAAACUAAAUAAAUCGUAAAUUUCUUAUUCAUUGUUUCAAAUAUUAAUUUAUUUUAUACCGUAAGAUGGACGGUGGAGUUGAUUUUGAGAUUUGCAAUAUACGACUAAUCGUGGAAAUGAAUAGGAAAAUUCAUGAUUAUCCUCAUCCAUCUCCACCCAUCUACACCCAUCCUGAUUGAUCCUCAUACAUUCUCAGUAAAUGGUUCGUUUCGUACUUGAAAGUAGUAAAUUUCUUAUUCAUUGUUCCAAAUAUUAAUUUCUAUUAAAUAGAGUAAAUAAUUGAAAAAAAAUAUUUAUAAAAAAUGCACUUAUUAAUUUCAAAAUUUUUUAAAUGCGCAUUUUUUCAAAUUUUGUUUUAUUAAUUAUUUACUCUAUUUAUUAAUAAUUUUAAAUUUGUCUAAUGUCUGUUACAUUUACACUCAUAAUUUGUAGUAUUGUCAAUUGUUUUUUUCUUUGUAUUUUCAUAAGUUUAAAAAAAGUUUGUCACUGUUUCACAUUUUGAAGUUUAGAAUAGACACCACUCUUGCAACGAUUUUUUUUUACACGGGUGACAUAAUGAAAAAUGAAUAAAACAUAAAUUUAUAUUUCAUAUUAAAACAUAAAUAACAAUUAAAAUGUUGUUCACUGUACAUUUAAGCGUGUAUAUCAAUUCUUAUACAUUACCAAAAGUGUGGAAGAUAUAUAUUUAAUAACAUAAAUAUAUUAUAAUCUAUGAACCAGUUUACUUAUGAAAGUAUUAUUAAUUAUCGUUUUUACUAUUAUUUUUUUUUUUUUGAGCUGGUAUUCUCAUGACAUUUUUUUUUUAUUUGACACAAUUAGUGUUCUAUUAAUUUUAAACAAUUUUACCGCUGAUUUUCUAUAAAAAA